CUCGCUCAUCAAAAAUGGCGGAAAUCAUGGUCAGCGUGCAAGCUUACUGCAAGCUUCUGUUGCACGCAGCUAAAUACCCACACUGCGCUGUAAAUGGAGUCCUUUUGGCUGAAGAUUCCAAGGGGAAAGAACAUCGCGGAAUUCGUUUUGUUGAUUGUAUACCAUUGUUUCAUAUAUCACUGAGCUUAGCGCCCAUGCUGGAAGCUGCUCUUCUGCAGAUUGAUGCAUAUUGCCGAAGCAAAGGCUAUGUGAUAGGUGGAUACUACCAGGCUAACCAGCACUACAGUGACAACCAAUUGAAUCAUAUGGCCAAAACAGUCGGGAGAAAGGUUGCAGACAACUUUGCAGAUGCUUGUAUAUUUAUGGUAGACAACAGACACGUGAGCCCGGAGUCCGUGUCCCAAGUCUUCAAAGGAUACUCGCUCCGUGACAACUCUUGGAAGGAGCUAGAAAAGAAGCGGGUUGUUGAAGAGGACACAUUAAGUGUAGCAUCCACGUUAUUAAAAUCUGAAGCCUACAAGAAAAUAUUGGACUUUGACAAUCACUUUGAUGAUAUAAAACACGACUGGAGAAACCUAGAGUUGAACGACCUCAUCAGUCGCUGCACAUAACUCUUCCUUCAGGGAUCUGUGAAUAAUCUGUAAAUGUAAUAUAUGUUUCUGGGACUCGGACUGAAACUGUGAGAGAAUGGGUCAGUCGGUGGCUCUGGAUUGAGCCGUAUCCAAGUUGUUGCCAUAAAUAAGUGUGUAUAUGCAUGGUGCAUGGUUCUCCAAAAAUGGUCGUGUGGUUCCAGAUGAAUGUGAGAGUAGUUGCAGAGUUUGCAGCUAUGAAACGUUACGGUUGUUUCCUCUGUGGUAAACCUAUGUUUAGAUCUUAACAAAUGUUGUGGUUCUGAGUGCUCAAACAACUAUGUUUUUGUCAGACAUCAGCCUACACUGUAUAUCUGACAUAAUCAUUUCGUGAAAAGAAACAGUUGCUCUAUGCACCAUACACUGACAUUAUAGGAAGUCCAUUUGAUCGGAAUUUCAAUUAAUUUUUUUCGUAACUUAAACAUUUUCUCUUUUUUCUUAUCAAUAUUUAAGUAGCAUUUUUGAGGCAUGAUACCAUUGUAUGUGAAAUCAUUUUCCACGUGUCAUUAAUUUUCAUUCAAUAUUAGUAUCGUAAAAAAAUAAAGAACGAUGGCAUUUAAA